AUGUCUAAAUACCAAUUUAAUUGCAUAAGAUACCGGCACUUUCUCAGAACAUCUAAUAUUUCACAGAUCCCUGAUUUUACGAAAUACUGCAUAGGGCCUGUAAAUGAAGAAUUAGCACCUUACAUCAUGGAAACCAUGAAGGCAUACCCUUCAAACUCCAAAUAUAUUAACCCUCAGCAUUACUACCAUAAUAGAACGGUUCUAGUAGAAAAUUACUUAAAACGAAGUCCAAACCCAGUAUCAUUAACGCAAUUAGCGCAAUAUUAUGACGAUUCUACCAAGCUGACCAGAACCAAAAUCAUCAACUCCGGAAAGUUCGUAAAGGAAGAGCUUGUGAUUAGGAUCGCGCAUAAAUUGAAUCAAUUGCAACAACUCCCAUUUAAUGUUGUUAACAACUUCCAUUUUGUUCAAGUUUAUGAGUCAUAUUACAACAUCUUUGAAAGCUUUAGAAAAUACCCAACUAUAAGAACUUUGGAUGACGCUUCUCAAUUUGCAGAUUUUAUCAAAAAUAUGUUAGAAGGCUUCAAUACUCUAAAUUUACCACAUUUGAUAAUGGGGGCUUUAGAAUGUACAAUUUUGGACCUUUAUCCUCGUGAGAAAAUGGACCAACUGCUAUCUGAUCUGUUAAGGGCUCGAAUAUCGAGAAGAUUAAUUGUGGAGGAACACGUCAGUAUCACAGCUAACUACACUAGUGGUAAGGAAGAAAACACCUUGGUAUUGGGUGAUAUCUUUCAAGAAUGUAGUGCUAUGAAAUAUUUAUUGGAAGCCAGUGAAGAAUCUAAAAAAUUCAUUCAAGACAUGUACUUUAAGGACAUUCCUAUGCCAGAAUUCAUUAUCGAAGGUGACACCCAACUGAGCUUUUACUUUUUGCCUACACAUUUGAAGUAUUUAUUAGGGGAGAUCCUCCGGAAUACUUAUGAAGCAACCAUGAAGCAUUAUAUCCGUAAGGGACUAGAAAAGCCGGAACCAAUCAUAGUCACUGUAGUAAGUAACGAUGAAUCCUAUUUAUUCAGGAUCUCGGAUAAGGCUGGGGGCGUCCUUCAUGAUGAUGAAAAUUUAUGGUCUUUCGGUAAAUCAAAAGAAAGAGCUCAAGAAUCCUUGAACAAUUUUCACAAGUUACCUGGUUUACAAACAGUAUCUAUUUAUGACGAAGUACAUUCCCAUAAUAAAUACAACCCGAACCUUAAGUCAUUGCAGUCAAUAACAUUAAAACCGUAUAUGCAUACGUCAUUAGAACCAAUGAGUUAUCCUAGUAUCAUCAAUGGGCACAUCAAAUAUGAAACUCCCUUAAUUGAAUUAUUAAGGCGGUCUUUUAGGUACAAGCUUGGCAUUGGUUUAGCUAUGUGUAAAGUGUAUGCCGAGUAUUGGAACGGUGACCUUUCAUUGCAUUCAAUGCCUGGAUAUGGCACCGAUGUUGUAUUAAAAUUAGGCAACUUGAUGAAACAUACGAAGAAAGUGCAAUUAGAUAAAGUAUGA